AUGCAUCUUCUCCGCUUCCUCUUAUCUCUCCUUCUUACUUCCUCGUUCUGUCCGUCCGUUAUCAGGACUCGUCUGUUGGAGAAUCUAUCGAAGCUGCAGCACGCACCCAGUGUGCCCUUCCACACGCGUGCCCCCGAUACACAACUCCCCAAUGAGGAGGAGGAGGAGCCUGACACUCGGCCAGAGGACAGGGAGGCGGAUGGGGAUGCGCCUUCCGUGCUGGAAGGACCAGCAACAGCAACUGUGAAGGAGGAGGGGAAGAGCGGGGGAGGCAAGGGCGCAGCAGCAGCUGGAGAAGGAAUAGGUGGGGCAGGCGGAGCAGGAGGAGGGGCAGGAGGGGGUGGGGGUGGAGGGGCCGUGACAGGGGAGGGGAAGAAGCGACCUCUACCAGAGGCUUCAGGUCGCCCCCCCCCUGCUCGCCCGCCCGUCAAGCCCAAGGUGGAGGCGUCACUCAAAGCCGAGCCUGCCUCCACACCAUCUCGACCUGCCGUACCUGCUGACAAGAAGGAAGAUUUGAUUCACGGCAGCUCCCCGUCCACUCGUGGACUGACACCUGGCGAGGCAGCUGCAGGGGAGAAGGGGAGUGAGAGAGGGAGUGAGAAGGGGUCUGGCAGCGGCUUAUCCCGCAAGGCGUCUCCAUACAGACAAGGGAGCCUUGGUGGUGACUAA